AUGAAUCCUUUGGUGAAAUGGGCAUUCGUCGUCUUGGUCCUCGUCUCCAUCAUCCUUAACAUUGUCCUGAUAGGCAUUCGCUCCAAUAGGGCACCAAAAUGCUCCACGCAACGCGUUCACCCGCUGAGGCGCAAACACGACGAGCGCAGCCUGGCGUUUGCUGAUCUCACUCGGGAGGAGUACUUGCAGGUACAGCGGUACUUGGUAAGACAGAAAGACUUGGACAUAUCCACCAACCAGAUCACCAAGCCGUCACAAAAUUUCUUGUUUUUGAUAGAGCUGUCGCUGCCUAAGAAGGCUGACGCACUGGCUUACUUGGAUGGGAAAGGCGCAAAGCCUAUCCGAGAGGCGACGGCGGUGGUCUUCUACGGCAAAAGGGGCCACAUCAAGGAGUACGUAUUGGGUCCUCUUCCCAACCUAACAUACCACAGAGAUGUCACCAAGGAGCGGUACAACACAGAGCUCCAUAUCAAUGCACGCACGGUCACCAUUGGGGAAUACGUCAUGAUAUUUACAUGUAUUGAGGAAAUCUUCUCCAAGCUGGGGAAGCUGGUAAAAGAGAGCUUCGACGUGGGUCCGGACAAGAAGCUGAACGCGUUCGAGCAGAUGCCCCGCGGGGUCCAAUCCGGGGACAGAAAGACCUGGAUAUCUUUCUUUAGGGACAUGGCCGGUAUGUACAUCCACCCGGUGGGCUUUGAGGUGCUGCUUAACCACGGAAGCGUUAACGCGUCAGACUGGAAAGUGGAACGGCUGCUUUACAAUGGCCAAUAUUUCAACACCGUGGAGGAACUUCAACAGAAAUACGAUGCGGGCUCCGUUAAUAAAAUAGUUUACAAGGAGUCGCCUGACUAUGGGUCACUGAAACCCAGGAGCACGCCUCUGCAGAUCGGCCCGCAGCUCUUUUACACAGAGGGGAAGCGCUACAGCAUCAGCCACAACCACGUUUUGUACUUGGACUGGAGCUUCGCCUUUGGACUCAGCUCUCUCACCGGCAUGAGGGUGUUUGAUGUGCGUUUCAAAGGCGAGAGGAUCAUUUACGAGCUGAGCGUACAGGAGGCCAUGUCCGUGUACGGUUCGGUGACUCCCGGGAUGAUCCUGACCAAGUUUCUGGAUUCGAGUAUCGGUAUAGGGCGCUUCGCGCAUGAACUGGUCCGCGGCGUGGAUUGUCCCCACGAGGCCACCUACGUAGACACGUACCGCUAUUUCGACGUCCCGGCCCCGGUGAGGUUUAGGAACUCAAUCUGCGUGUUUGAACACAACAUGGGUCAGCCCCUGCGGAGACACUUCUCGGACUUUUUCCACAACAGCUAUGGGGGGAUGGUGAACAGCGCCCUGGUUUUCAGGACCAUAACGGCCAUCGGGAACUAUGACUACAUGUGGGAUUUCAUCUUCUAUCAGAGUGGGUCAGUGGAGGCCAAAGUCCACGCCACCGGCUACAUCUCCUCUUCUUAUCUGGUGGAUGGCAGCCUGAGACACGGUCACCAGGUGGCGGAGAACGUGCUGGGGAACAUCCACACCCACUUUAUUAACUUUAAGGUCGACCUCGAUGUGGUGGGUGUGAAUAAUUAUUUCCAGACUAAAGACAUGCAAUACGUCAAUGUGUCAUUGCCAUGGAUGCCCGAUCGCUACGCUAUGGUCCCUCAGCUGGUGGAGAAGCAACUCACAACAGAACAGGAGGCCGCUCUGCGCUAUGACACCAAGACUCCCCGUUACCUCCACAUCGCCAGCAACAAGACCAACCGCUGGGGUCACCAGCGCUCCUACAGGCUGCAGGUGUUCAGCUUCGCUGGAGACCACCUCCCAGAGAGCCAGCCCGAGGAGAGGGCAAUGUCCUGGGCCAGGUAUAAGGUUGCAGUUACCAAACAUAAAGACUUGGAGCAGACCAGCAGCAGCCUGUACAGUCAAAACAACAUCUGGUCUCCAACUGUGGACUUCAGCAAGUAUAUUGAAGACAACGAAAGCAUAGAAGACGAGGACUUGGUUGCCUGGGUGACCACUGGCUUCCUCCACAUCCCUCACUCUGAGGACAUCCCCAACACGGUAACCGUGGGAAACGGUGGCGGGGUCCUUCUGCGGCCCCACAACUACUUUGACGAGGACCCGUCGAUCCACUCUACUGAUGGGGUCUACAUUACCCCAGGCAGCGAGGACAGUUGUGACAACAAUAGGAUGGCCUGCCUUAAUCAAGAGACAUGUAGUCCCGUCCUUGAACCCUUCACCUACCACGGCUUCGAAGGAGUCAUGAAGUUUAAGGAUUCGGUCUGAUUUGUUGUGCACUGCUGUUGUUAGCCCUAAUCCCGUUAGAGAAAGGCUUGGGUUUAUUCAGCAAAACCAUCAAGAAACUUGUUUUAAUGCUAACGUGUUUUUAGAGAAAAUUUGGGAUGGCCCAUAUGUUGUGUGUUUAAGUACAACACUGGAGGACACUGUUAACUCAUCUUAGCACAAAGCCUGGAAGUAGGGGAAAGCUGUUGGCCUGUGCCUGUGUUUCUGUCCAAAGUUAACUACCAACACCUUUUGAAACAUAUUUAACACCUAUUAUCAAGAGAGUUCAUUCUGGACACAAACACAAAUGUAAAAAACAUCAAUUUAUGGUUCUUGGAGUUAUUUUCAGAAAGUUGGGGGAGAAUUUUUGAUCUGCACAUUGUGAGGCUCUCAGGAACUCUGUAUGUGACCUUUUAUGGGAAACCUGUGACUUAAACCAGUCCAGGGUAGUAUACUGUUCCUACAGCUGGGACCCAUAUGUACCUUGACGGCUUUAUAUCUUGUUCUCUCCACCGUGUCUAAUAUGAUAUAUAUAUAUAUAUAUACACACACACAUGCCUGGGUCCCAUUGAGGGAAGGUCAAGAGGGUUCCCCCACACAUCUGUGAUAUUCCCAUGUGCAGGGGGGGGAUUCUGAUUGGACAACAAAAAAUAUCUCUCUGAUGUGUAUUAAAGCUUCUAGUCACCCCAAGAAGCUUGGUCAGAUCUUCCUGCUCCUCUGAGGGAGAGGAAACAAUCUGGACCUUUACAGCUGAGUUGAAUCAUUUCAACUUCUGUCUGUACUUACGGCUUGUGUUGAUGAUUUCUGUAUUGUGAUUUUUCUAUAUUCUAGUUAGUAAUAAAUACUCAAUGACAAACACGUUAA